AUGGGUUUCACUCUCCGCCUCCUCAUCCUCCGCCUGGUUGGGGAGGAGGCCAUCAUCCCUCACACCACGGGCAUCACCACCAUCCACCACAGGGGCCUCCUCCAUCAGCACUAUCAGCCACCGCCAGGGCCGCCUCCGCCAUCGGUAAGAGAACAUUCACCAGCCCACGGGCAGUAUCAACCACCCCCUGGGCCGCCUCCACCAUCCGUAGGGGGUUAUCCUUCUAGGCCAACCACGCAUCCGUUGUACAACGAAAAUAGUACUCCUCCACAUAGACCGCAGAGUCUCCCUCCACAACCUCAUCGAGUCAAUACUCUCCCGCCUACUUCUACACCCCCUGUGCCUGUACGACACAGCCCAGUGCCUCCACAAAGCAGUCCAGCGCCAUCAUACCAUAUGCGAAGCCACCCCCCUCCAUACGCAUCUCUACCUCCCACGCCGCCUCAAUCACCGCAAUCCUUCGGCCACGGAGCACCUUCUAGCUAUCAAUUCCAAUACUCGAAUUGCUCGGGAAAGCGGAAAGCGUUGCUGAUCGGAAUCAACUAUUUCGGACAAGCCAAUCAACUUAAAGGAUGCAUCAAUGAUGUUACUCAAAUGUCAACGUUUCUGAACCAAGUCUACGGCUAUCGACGAGAGGAUAUGGUCAUUCUGACCGAUGACCAGCAAAACCCUCUCAGCCAACCGACCAAGGCUAACAUUAUCCGUGCCAUGCAUUGGUUGGUAAAGGAUGCGAUGCCUAACGAUUCUUUAUUUGUCCAUUUCUCGGGUCAUGGUGGCCGGACCCCAGAUCUUGACGGAGACGAAGACGACGGAUUUGAUGAUGUUAUAUACCCUGUCGAUUACAAGAAUGCUGGUCAUAUUGUUGACGAUGACAUGCAUGAUAUCAUGGUUAAACCGCUUCAACCCGGUGUUCGUCUCACAGCCAUAUUCGAUUCGUGCCAUUCAGGAACUGCAUUAGAUCUUCCUUUCAUCUACUCCACCCAGGGAGUCUUGAAAGAACCAAACCUUGCCAAGGAAGCCGCUCAGGAUCUCUUCAGUGCAUUUUCAGCAUAUGGGAAGGGGGAUAUCAGCGGUGUUGCCCAGACGGCGAUUGGGUUUUUCAAAAAGGCGACAAUUGGAGGCUCAGCACGCGAGAGACGGAUGAUGACGAAGACUUCGCCUGCAGACGUGGUGAUGUUUUCUGGGUCGAAGGACACACAGACAUCUGCCGAUACGUUUCAAGGCGGACAAGCCAGAGGGGCCCUGAGUUGGGCAUUCAUCGAGACGCUCAAGCAGUACCCAAAACAGAGUUAUUUACAAUUGCUUAAUAACAUUAGGGCGAAACUCGAGCGAAACUAUUCGCAGAAGCCGCAGCUGAGCUGUAGUCAUCCGUUGGAUGUGCAUCUUCUUUUUGUGAUGUGA